CUUGAUUCCUCGUCUCGACUUGAUUUGGAAAAUUUGAAUCCUCCCAAAAGCUCACUAUACCCCAUUUUGAAGCUAGUAGUAGUAGUAGUAAACCUCAAACCCGAACUAGUUUAGAAUCACUUACCCAAUUCUUCUCUUUCCUUCUUGCUUCUUAUUUUUUUUGGAACAAAUAUCCGAUUCCCAACGGUUUUUCAUCUUACCUACAAAUCAGAUUGAAAAACAAUACCAGAUUAUCAUUUGACAAGAAGAAAACCAAAUACACGAAUACAUACUUAGAUCAUGGACCCUAUCGCUGUCACUCCUCCACCUAAGACAAUAUCAGAUUUCGAUCAUCCUAUGACUAAAUCAGAUCAACCUCAAGAUCGUCAAGUUGAUUUAGGUGAAAGACGUAGAGCUGCUCUGGCUGAGAUUGAUAAUGCUCGAUUCGGUUGGUUUCACGUUCGAGCUGUACUUGUCUCAGGUGUUGGUUUCUUUACAGAUGCUUAUGAUAUAUUUGCCAUCAAUUUGGCUAGUACUAUGUUAGGAUACGUUUUACAUAAUGGCGGUUCACUUAGUGCGAAUCAAGAUUUAGGUAUCAAGGUGGCUACUCCUGUUGGAACGUUUUGUGGUCAACUUCUCUUUGGUUGGCUUGCUGAUGUUUAUGGUAGAAAAAGGAUGUAUGGAAUCGAAUUGAUGAUCAUUAUUAUCUCUACACUUGGUCAAGCUGUCACUGGUUCUGGACAUGCGAUCAGUUUGAUCGGUGUAUUGAUAAUGUGGAGAUUUUUCAUGGGAUUAGGUAUUGGAGGUGAUUACCCUCUAUCAGCAUGUAUCACAUCUGAAUUUGCUGCUGUUAGAAUUCGUGGUCGGAUGAUGACUGCGGUGUUUGCGUCUCAGGGAUUUGGUCAACUCACCGCUUCAUUGGUAUCACUUGUAGUCGUUAAAGCUUAUCACUCCGCUAUUAUAAAUGAUGCAUCUCCGGGUGUCUCUGUGGAUGGAUGUUGGAGGUUACUCAUCGGUCUUGGUGCUGUACCAGGUGCAAUUGCAUUGUAUUUCCGUCUUACCAUUCCUGAAACACCUCGAUUCACAAUGGACAUUGAAAGAGAUGUGAAAGGUGCUGCUGGUGAUGUUGACGCAUUUUUAUCAACUGGUGGUUAUGCUCAUGAUUACGAAAAUAGAAAGGAAGAACAAGCCGAUGUUCCAACAGCUUCUUCAAGAGAUUUCCUUCAUCACUAUUCACACUGGAAGAAUUUCAAAGUCCUUUUUGGUUGUGCUUGGUCAUGGUUCGCACUUGAUAUAGCGUUCUAUGGACUCGGUUUGAACUCUUCGAUUGUAUUGACCGCCAUCGGUUUUGGAAGCGUCAGUACGGGUUCAGCAAAUGAAAAAAUCUAUAGCACCCUCAUCAAUAUCUCCGUCGGAAACAUCAUCUUAUCAUUGGCUGGACUUAUCCCUGGUUACUGGGCCACAUUCGCCUUCAUUGAUAAAUGGGGUCGUAAACCAAUCCAAAUCAUGGGUUUCUCUGCCCUUACUGUAUUAUUCAUUGUGAUGGGAGUAGCUUAUCAUUCCCUGAUCGCAAAUGCUUUGCCGGUUUUCAUCGUCCUCUAUUGUUUUGCCAACUUUUUCCAAAACUUUGGACCCAACACGACCACAUUUGUGAUUCCAGGAGAAUGUUUUCCUACACGUUAUCGAUCCACAUCUCAUGGAAUUUCAGCUGCAUCUGGGAAAUUAGGAGCUAUUGUGGCUCAAGUUGGGUUUGCUAGACUUAAAGAUAUUGGAGGCAAAGAUCAAUUUAUAGACCACAUCUUUGAAAUCUUUGCUGCAUUUAUGUUUACUGGUUUACUUACAUCUUUCUUAGUACCUGAAACUAAAGGAAAGACAUUAGAAGAACUUUCUGGAGAAGACCAAGGUCAAUUUGUCAGAAGCGAAGCAAAUGAUCAAGCUUCUUAGUUGAUUAUCACCUAGUUGGGUUGCAGGCUACAGCUCUACAUUUUUUUUAAUCUUUGAUUUUUUUUCAUUCUUCUCAAUGACUCUUCCUAGUGUUUGAUAAGUUAAAUUUGCACAGAGAACGAAAAGAAGAAAAACCAAAAUUUGAAAAAAGUAUGAUUUCUUUUAGCAUUUUCUUUAUACAUGCUUUUUUUGUUGUUUUUGGUUUUGGUUUUGUUUGUAAAUUGGUACAAGAUGAUUUUGUUUCUUUUUCCUUUUGUUUGGUUGAUCACUGUUUGCUUGAAGGUUGGUUUUUUGAAUUUACUUUUUUGAGAUUUAUUAUGGUUAAAUAGUACAGAUUUAGAAAGUUUAGAGAAACGUACAGUCUUAAGUUGAUUGUUUUGUGAAUAUGUUCUUCUUUUUUUUAUUUCAAAGUCUUGGUUUUCUUUUUGUUGAAGGGUUUGUGUGGGUUUGUUGUGUGUGGGUGGGUGUUUAAAGUGAAGUUGUGUUUGGGUGUGUUUGGUUUACUUGGGACUUAUUGGAUUUUUUUAACGAAAUAUAUAUCACAGGUUUUGGUUUU